AAAGGAAAGUACAAAAUCGACCCACUGGUUUUUAUGUGAAACUCGUACUUUCCAGAAAAUUCUACGAACAGGCUAUUUACCCACAAAGAAAUCUGUCGAAACUUCGCAGUUUCUCGUUUGAGCAGACGCCGGAAAGAGGUUGGACACCAUGUCAUCAUAUGAAGUUAUUGUGUUGAAAGAAGGAUAUAGCAAAUCAGAAGGCCAGGGUCAACAGAGAGCUUGUGGGAGUAUAAGUUUGAUUAAGGGGCCAAAAAAUGUAGUAGUAGACACUGGAAAUCCGUGGGACAGAGAUCAUAUCCUAGAUGGACUGAAGAAAAACGGACUCUCUCCAGAAAAGAUCCAUUACUGUGUGUGCACUCAUGGCCACUCUGAUCACGUUGGGAAUUUGAGUAUGUUUGACAAAGCUGUUCACAUCCUGUCCUACGAUGUGUGCGAGGGUGACAAAUAUCACAUGCAUGACUUCAAAACAGGAAUUCCCUACGAGAUUGAUGAUGAUGUUGAGGUGGUCCCAACACCUGGACACACAGGUGCAGACAUUUCGGUCAUUGUCAGUAACACAGGUCUGGGAACAGUUGCCGUUACAGGUGAUUUAUUCGAAUGUUUGGAGGACCUUGAAGAGCCAAGUCUAUGGCAGGACAAUAGUGAAAACCCAGAACUACAACAACAGUGGAGAAUAGAGGUCCUGAAAAAGGCCGACUACAUUGUUCCAGGGCACGGCAAAAUGUUUAAAGUACCGGAGGACUACAAGAGGAGCAUGCGGGUGGUGAUGUACCAUGAGGAGUUCCAUCAGGUCGGAAAUCAUGCGACGACCGUCAGUGAAUAUGUAGUGAUCGAGGAGAAUUAACCAAAAACAAAAAUAGUCCUGACAACAUCUAGCCUAUUUUAUGAAGUGCUCUGUGAUGAUUAUGCAAGUUGCAAUCCUACCUUAAAACCUAUAAUGUUGUCUUGAUAAAACCCUCUUAUAGUGUUAUGAAUGUAUAAUCAUUCAAAAAUGUAAGGCUCAAAUCUCAGAUAUUUACAUCUGGGUCAGGUUACUCUAAUAGGGGUAAAGGAAUGAAGGAUUCUGUCAUGUUGGUACACAUAAUUCAUGGGAACCUCUUAAAAAGCCAAAGGUUUUGGUGCAUUUAAAGUACAUGGAACCAUAACAGAUUCGGUCAAAAAAUAAUUUUUUAAACUUAAUCCAUAUGCUACUAAUAUUGAAUAUUUCAUUUGAAAGCUUGUUAAUUUAUUGUACAUUCCCAUUGUUGAGUUUUACCCUGGCAAAAUACUUCUACCAUUUUAGUAAACCAUAAAGAUGUUGGAAACACCCUGGAUUGUCAAAAUGUGCAUUAACAUUUUUGUCAUUUAUAUGAAAAUUUAUAUAAUUUGGAAAAAUCUUUUUUAAGUGUGUUGAAUUAAAAUUAACCUGUAUUUUGUAUGUCGAAGUAUAUUUUAUCAUCAGUUGUUAUUAAGCAUACAAUGCAUACACUAUUCGUCAUCAUCUUGAUAUUUACAUUCCUUGAUUUAUAUAAAUACAUAUAGUUUAUUAAGAUUCAUGACAUUCAACCUACAUGUUGUGUGCCCAUUCUGUAUCAUAACAAAAGGUUUCUGCUAAUUUUCAAUAUCAAUGAGUCAAUGUGAUAUUCAUUGAGUAUAUUAAGAGCUAUUGGACUUUAUAACCAAAUUGAAUUUUCAGCAGAUGAUGUUAUUACUUUGUUAAUAAGUAUAUACCCAUUUAUAUGUUGCCAGUAUUUAUCAUGACACGCAAACCAAGUGAAGCUGCUUAAUAUCCAUUUAUGUACAUGUAUUUUUACUGCAAAUGUGGUUUACUAAUGAAUACACAAGAACUGUACUUGAAAUUUAACAGGGGAAUUUGUGUGCAUUUAUUUUGUAAUCAAAAGUGUUCAUAGACCAAUAUGCUAGGUUAGCAUUUUAGUUGUUUAAACUUGUGCCAUAUACACAUCAACUCUUAUUGGAAAAGAGAACUCUUGCCCAAUUUCAAUGGAGCUUAUUUGUGAAACACCACCAUUUUGUGGUUUGUUAUGAUGUCUCAAUUUCAUGUCCUAUGUUUAAACAUGUCACAGACUCUCUGUGUUGCUUUUGCAAUUAUGUGUAAACACAACAAGAACUGAACAUGGCUCAUUAGGUUGAAAUAAAAUUUUCAUCAUAAUUGUCA